UUGAAGAUGUCAAAUUAAUUAUUUGUAAUUAAUAUUCUGUUCUUUAAAAUUAGAUUGAGGGUUUGUGGGGAUUGAUUUUAUUUAAAUGUGUCUCAUCAUGUAUUAACUCAAUACAAAAAAACAAUUAAUGAGAUUUUUGAAGUGUCUAUACGACCAUGAAACUGAAUCUGAAAUAUACAGCUCUCUCGUAGUGCAUAACAUGUUUUUCAUUAUCGGUCUCUAAGUUCAGUGCUUCAGGUUUUCAGUUUUAAUUAGCUUGUAAUAAAACAUAUCUAUCGAAAUAAUCAUGUGAUAAGUUUCAUAUCAUGACGGUUAGUUCUAUGCCCUAUACCUGCACAUUAGAACUUCGAGUAAUUCUUGUUAAAGCUAGCGAUUAGUGGAUACCUAUUUGGACAUAUUAGAUAGAUAGUUUGUGUUACUUAUCAGCCAUGUGCUAUAGGUAAUUCGAAUUAGUAUAAGGGAAAUUUGUAUGAUUUAGAUUAGUUCAACGAAAUUAAUGACUACAUGCCGGCUCAGUGGUCUAGUUGGUUAAGCGCUCGCGCGCGAGCCUGAUAGGUCAUGGGUUCGAAUCUCGCGGGGUGCGGGGUCGUGGAUGAGCACUGCUGAGGAGUCCCAUACUAGGGCGAAACGGCCGUCCAGUGCUUCUAGGUUUUCCAUGGUGGUCUAGCUUCAAUUGACUCAUGAUUUCAAUCUGUGAAAUUUCUAAAAUCUCCACAAACCCCUUCUGAUAAAAAAUUAAUUAUUUAUGGUUAGCGUUUGUAGAAUCUUUAUAAUGAGGUUGUCGUUCAAUAAUCAUAACAGUCCUAUCGAUCGAAGUGACAAAAAUAGAUAAUAAAUAAUCGAUGUGUAGUGCAUCAGAAACUAUGAGCGCUUAUUACUUUAUUAUAUUUAUGUAUAAAGAUGAGACUAUUUGAUUAGAUGAUCUAGCCAUGUAAAUGAAUGCCCUUAAAGUGAGGGAAUGAUUGCUGUUAGGUUAAUUCCUUUAAAAAAGCUAUUUUAAAUCUAAGUGCAAAUCUAUUAAACGGUAAUGUAAAAAGUUUCCCGUUAUGACGAAAUGAAAAGUCAAAAUAUGAUUGAUUUACUCAAUACGAUUUUUUGUUCAAUAUUAAUUCCGUUUUAAUUUAAUGUGAUGAUUACCUAAUGUAGUAUUUGUUUUGUUUUCCUUAUGACAUUUUAUUCUACAUAACAUACGAUAUUCUUGUAUUCAAUGGACAUGAACUACUCUCAGCAUAUGAUUUGUUAUAACGAUGUAUUUUUCAUAUAUAUGUGAUUUUAUUAUAAAUAUUAAUUAAAAAUGGGUGUAUGAAUCAAUAUAUAAAUGUGUAUUUCGGACUAGACAUGUCGUGGUUGUUCGUGCUUCUGGCUGCUUGUUGAAUAUAUUUCGCUCUUCCAAACUUGGACUUUUUCUCUCUAGUUAGCUGAGCUGGGACGCGUCAGAAUAGCUAGCUUAUUGAUCUUUGGUCACAGAGUCUUUGUUCCGUCCUCAGAUUAGGUGAACUUGUAAUCGCUUCAAACACAGCAUUUCCAAAUUAAAAAGCUGAUUCUCUUUGUUUAACUGAAAUAUAAAAUUAUAUUAAAUAAAUUUAUAUAUUUGUAAUAUCCCAAUGAGUAGAAAAAUCAAAUUUUCCGACGUUUAGUGAUUCAGUGUAAGCCACUUUCUCGAAGAAUAAUAAUUUAUCUACUUACUGGGAUAUUACAAAUAUAUUAAUUUCUUUAUAACAAUCUAACCAAUACUCAAUUUAUUUGAAAUUAUCAAGUCAAAGCUUGGUAAUGAUACAUGAAAUUGUAUUAUCCUCAUCGUCUAAUCAUCUUUAAAUAUACAAAAUUUGAGAUUGAUUAAAUAUUCUAUUUAUAAUCUACAUCCACAAACAGAAAAGGUAUAUGAUAUCAGUUAAAUUAAUUAUAGAAGAAUAAGAUGGACACGUUACAUUUCAAUAUGUUCUCCACAAGUGCUUGUACUUGUGUAGAACCAGAAUUAGGCGACUUUUAACACACUUAUUGAAAUAAAGUAUUUUCUAAGUUAAUCUAAAUACCUCUUAUAUAUUUAUAAAUUAACGAUUUUUUUACAGCUGAUCUUGAAAUACCUAUCUUAGAAAGUGAGUGAUGCAACGACACUUUAUUUCGGGUGUUUCGACAUGUAUAAUAAAGAAGGCAUUUGAGAUCAAUACUUUACAAAACACUAACUAGAGCUCUUCAUGGCGGUGUUCAAUUUACCAUAGAACAUGAAGAAAAUAUAGCUGUGCAACAGAAGUCACAAGUUAAAAAUUUCCUAACCAACCAGAAAAAGGAAAUUAAUGAUUUAUGUUAUAUAUAAAGGACAUCCUCACGGUAACUUAUAAGAAUAAUCUUAUUAAUAGUAAAUGUACUGAUCUCUCUGAUAUAUCAUGAUGCAUUUUGGACUAACUCAACGUGAACUACUUCAGUAUACACAGACUACACAGCCGAAUGUUUUGAAACCUGGAGUCAUAGACGAAGUAGUGAACGUGUUAUUGAAACACUAUAAAAAAUGUGAAGAUGAACGAAUCCACAGUUUAGCUGAAGUCGAACGUAAACGUAUGCAAAAUCUGGAAGCAGAAACUGAACUAAAACAGAUACAUUUAUGUUUAAAGAGAGAACCUAAAUGUCAGACUAAGAAACUGACCAGGAAAACUGUCAAACCAUCCAUAGAUUGGAUGGAAACCCAGAAACCUGGGAUGCAUCCCCCACCCGAUUCAAACAAAUGCAAAAAAAUAAAAGAUGAUGAUCUAUUAGCUAAGGCAGAAACCGAUAUUUACAACCAAACAGAUAAUGAUCCAAAAAACAGAUAUACUGAUGUAAACCAUUCAAAUCGGCUAAAAGAAUUAGAUCCAGAUGCAUGCUUACAUUUACCUCUUGGUUUGGUAAGAAAUCCUACUCCAAGAACAAAGAAGUUUUUAUCAUCCGAGACCAAUGAAUCACUUUAUGCUACGGCGAAUCAAAUAGUUUAUUCAUCAUCUGAUGAUCAAGCACAGAAACGCUGACAAGGAAAGGGAGCAACAAUUUAAUUCAGUUGAUAGAAUGUUGUUUAAUGAAUAUUUUUCUAAAGAAAACAAUGAAUAUUUACAAGAAGCGCUUUGUUGAUGUUUAUUGUUUCUUCAGAAAUUAUAAAUUUUGAUUACCAUUGUAAAAUUUUCUAUUUUCAAUCAUGUUAUCGGUAAUCAGUUAAGUUAAAAAAAGUGUUUAUUUCACUCCAGUUUUAACAUUACUCUGCUUUUUAAUGAUUCAAUAGUUUGUAUUCCAGCAAGUAAAAGUCACAUCAUAAACAGUUUUAAGUGAAUUUUAAUUAAUUAAAUUAAACUUUUAGACAUUAUUAACAUUCUUUGUCGGGAGUCAUUAAAAUGGUACAUAUUAUAUAUAGUCACUCUCACAGAUCAUAGAAGUAUACAUUAAGUUAGUAGAAAAACUAAACUACAAAUAUCAAGAAAGGAUCAGUCAAUAUCAUUAUUAGUAAGGGUUUGAAUUAUUCUGUUGUUAAUAUCCACAACUGAGCUUUGGUUAGUCAUUGUUAGCAUAAGUAAAUCCUGUAAUGAAUAUCUUAAGUCCUUUUGAACAGAUGAGGUGUAGCUAACAGUGGAAUCCAGAAUGCAAAUUACUGCCUGUUUAGAACUAGUCAGACGGAUUUAUCUCCACUUACACAUUGAUUUCCCCAUUAGGACAUUAGUACAUCCAGCUGACAAGUCCUGAAUAAAUCAAAACACAUGUCUUGAAUUCCACUGCCAGUCACAAUUCAUUUAUUCUGAAGUAUCCGUUGAUGUUUGACAUUGGGCUUCAUAGAGACAUUCAAGGAAAAAUACGCCAUUCAUGGAGUAUAUGUUUCCCAUAAUGUUGUUAAGUCGCAACUAUAAAAUAACAAUCCAGUGUUGGGUGGUUGCAAGUAAAAUUAAAUAUAUUUUUAUGCUAAUCAUAGCUGGUCAUGAUGGCUUAUAUUAGUUUGGGUAAAACUGAUACCUUCCGCAUGAUUUAAAACCACUUCAUUAAAGGUCACAUACAGAGAUGUUACCACUAAGCUAUUCAUGCUGUGACUGACCUUUGGAAGGACUAAGACAUUUACUCUGGCUUACCAUUGAGUAAAAAUUGACAUAUUACUUAUCUAGUUCAUACUCA